AUUCUUUCUUCUCUGAUGUUCUAAAACACUUUUUGGUGUUAAGUGCGCGGGCUCUUAUCUGGGAGAAUCGAGUUUGAUUCCCCACUCCUCCACUUGCAGCUGCUGGAAUGGCCUUGGGUCAGCCGUAACUCUUGUAGGAGUUGUCCUUGAAAGGGCAGCUGCUGUAAGAGCUCUCUCAGCCCCACCUACCUCACAGGGUGUCUGUUGUGUGAGGGGGAGGAAGUUUCUCCUGGUCGGAAUAUUUUGGGAGGUUCCUCCGUCAAAAGUAUUACACCUGUGAACUCAAGAGGAAGGGAAGGCAGCUAUGCAAACUGCUUCUGAGUAAGAAUGAAGUGGUCUGAGAUCUCUCGUUUGGCCCUCCUCUUGUUUGAGCUUCUAUCCCCAAAUUGUCCCUUUUGAAAAGCCAAGAUCUCAAUACGCCAUUGCAAGAAUCCAAACCAGCUUGGGGGAAUAAAAGGAAGACAGCCCUGAGCCGUUGGCUCCCCUCUGAUGGAAAUGCCUCACAAGUUGUCAGGAGAAAAUGGCUUCGACUUCACCCAGAAACUUAUUUUUUCUAGCACCUCAGACCCAGUGGAGAGUAGCCUUAGUUUUGACAUCCCCACUCCCAAGGAGUCUUGCUCUACCCCUCUAAGCAACGGCACUUUAUACUCCAACGCCAACAGCCCUUCGGACUCGUGCGCAAAACCUCUCUGCGAGGCCAGAUCUGAAAGCAAAAGCCCAUACAGCACAGGGAUUAAAUAUGUCUCCUCCGAAGAAGAGGGGCUUGAGUGUGGGUGGGGCGCCUUUACUCCUAGUUGUUUACAGUUCUGCAAUACCCCAAAGGGGGUCUUGUUCUUCCUUUGCACGGCCUCCUUCCUGCAAGGCAUGACAGUCAACGGCUUCAUCAAUACAGUCAUCACGUCCAUCGAGCGGCGGUUUGACCUGAGGAGUUACGAGAGCGGACUGAUCGCCAGCUCGUACGACAUCGCGGCCUGCGUAUGCUUGACGUUUGUCAGUUACUUUGGGGGGAAUGGGCAUAAGCCGCGAUGGCUUGGAUGGGGAGUCUUCAUCAUGGGGAUUGGAUCCCUGGUCUUUGCAUUGCCCCAGUUCACCACCAGCCGGUACGAAGUACAUUUCUUACAGGACACGGACAUGUGCUCCUCCAACCAGAGCGUGCAUUGCUCAGGGAGCGCCUCCAGCCUCUCAAAUUACCGGUUCAUCUUCAUGCUCGGACAGUUCCUACAUGGGAUUGGAGCGACGCCUCUGUAUACCCUUGGGGUGACCUAUUUGGAUGAAAACGUCAAGUCAAACUAUUCACCUGUGUAUAUUGCAAUUUUCUACACGGCUGCUAUUUUGGGGCCCGCGGCUGGCUAUCUGAUCGGAGGACUCUUCCUAAAUAUUUAUACUGAUAUAGGCCAACAAGUCGAUCUCACGCCGGACAAUACGCUGUGGGUCGGAGCAUGGUGGAUUGGGUUUAUCGGUGCUGGUGCUGCUGCCCUUUUGACCGCCAUCCCCAUCUUGGGUUACCCUCAACGCCUGCCAGGAUCCCAGCGCUACGUCGUCAUGAGGGUCUCGGAAGUCCAUCAGCUGAAAGACGGCAGCCACAAAACCGCCUCAGAUCCUGAUUUUGGGAAGACGGUGAAAGACCUGCCCCGGUCAGUCCUGCUGCUACUGAAGAACCCAACCUUCAUCUUCCUCUGCUUAGCUGGUGCAACGGAGGCCACACUCAUUGCUGGGAUGUCCACCUUUGGCCCCAAGUUUCUCGAAUCCCAGUUUAGCUUAAGUGCCUCAGAAGCGGCAACCUUGUUCGGUUACCUGGUGGUUCCUGCAGGAGGAGGAGGCACGUUCCUUGGAGGAUUCAUUGUGAACAAAUUUAAGCUCCGUUGUUCGGGAAUCAUCAAGUUCUGUCUGUUUUGCACCCUGUCAAGUCUGCUGGCAAUCUUCAUCUUUUUUGUGGACUGCCCCAAUAUGCCCAUGGCUGGAGUCACACAGAUGUAUGACAGGAGCUACCUGCCCGAAGGCCGCCUCAACCUGUCUGCCCCUUGCAAUACUGAGUGUGACUGCCUGAGGGAAACAUACAGCCCUGUGUGCGGAAGCGAUGGGAUCAUGUAUUACUCCCCCUGCCAUGCAGGAUGCAAGAGAGUGUCAACAAAUCAGAACAAUGGGAAAAAGAUUUACUUUGGGUGCAGCUGCAUUCUUGGAAGCCCUCCCACGGUGCCCGGCUCUGCUACAGCGGGAAAGUGCUCCUCCUCUUGUGAGAAACGGACCCUCCUUUUGCUUUUUGUGUUUGUCGUCAUCAUCUUCACAUUCCUCAGUAGUAUUCCUGCCCUGACGGCUACUUUACGGUGCGUCUCAGACAGGCAGCGAUCCUUUGCUCUGGGAAUCCAGUGGAUUGUCGUGAGGACGCUAGGCGGCAUUCCAGGCCCAAUUGCUUUUGGGUCGAUGAUUGACAAGUCCUGUCUCCUCUGGCAGAAUCAGUGUGGAGAGCAAGGGUCAUGCUACGUCUACCAGAACUUCUCCAUGAGCCGGUACACCUUGAUUGCUGGUCUUAUCUAUAAGGUGAUUGGAUCGUUCUUCUUCCUCCUUGCCUGUUUCCUCUACAAGCCACCCCCACCAGAGUCCCUCCCAGGUAGCUCCGAUGCCUCCGAAAACGGCAACUGUGACCUCAGAGAGAACAGAUGUCCUCUCCAGUCUCAAGAUGACGUAUAGCACUGUGGUUACGCCAAGUGACUUUCCACACAAUCUCAAAGAUACUGUGUCAGGAAAAAAAAAUGUUAUUUGUUAUUAAUUACUGAUAUUAUUUUAAGCUUUUUUCCUCCCUUUUGAGAAGAAUUAUUUAAUGA